AUGGAGCAAGCCUUCAGAGAAAGCAACGCAUUACAAAGACAACGUGCCAAGACGGCCUAUGCUGCCCUACGUCAGGGUGAUCAGCUGUUUGACGCUUUCUGGGCCGACUUCACGCGUUUGGCGUUACAGAUUGGUAAGUCUACCCAGGAUCAGUAUAAGAACCUGCAAGAGAAGAUGUUCGCCGAACUCCUUCGCGAACUGAGCAGUCUAAGACCCAGCACCAGACGUCUAGAGAGAGGCGCCCCUCCUGCGCCAGCUAGAAAUACGCCAGAUAAGACAGUGUAUCCGUCCCCCUUGGCCCUGACAGCAGGCCUACUACAACGUUCUCCCUCUCCCGGCCAGGCCACUAGGUUGAAACUGAAGCGCGUAAGCUUUAAGAAGGACGAUACAGUAACCUGCUUCUACUGCAACAAGCCUGGCCAUUUGAGACCUGACUGCCCUGACCUUCACGUUAAUAAGAUUGAAGAGGCAGAAUCUGACUUCGGAGAUGAGUCUUCUGGCCCUGACGAGAAACCUGCUGAGUCAGAAAACGAGAUGCCUUAG